CAUAAAUGUCAUACAGAAGGUAUAUCUGAAAAGAAGCUGUAGUCUACAUCCCCCUGAAGAAUCAACCACCUAAAGGACAUGUGCUCUACACACCACCAGAGAUUAAAGUAAAAGUCAUCUGAAGAAGAAAAAAAAAAAAGUAACACAAAUGCAGAAGUGAGAGAGCCGAUGCAAAUACAUCAGCCAUCGAACUCCUCUUAAGCAUCAUGUGUCUCACUUCCAGGUAGCAGUUCUCCUCAGUGACAACUUGGUCCAGCUGAUCCGCCAGCUCAGGGCAGACGCAAGCAGAGAGGAGAGAGAAUAUAAUAUGUCUGGAUUGUGUUACCAGGAAGUGGGUCGAGUUAUUUAUAUUUCAACACUCGUCCUCUUGUACCCGAGGGAGAACCAGUGGUAGUAACCUGAAACAAUAUAUUCAAACAUUGUCUGGUUCUGGAUGCAUCAAACAAUUGGCUUCAUGUUUGGGAACUCCAAGAACCAAGGAGAAGAGCUCUGUUUAUGUAAAUAAUGUGGAGACCGUGUGGAAGGGUAAAGUAACCCUGUGAGGGACUCAACAUUGGCAGAGGUUUUGGGAUGAAGCUCCAUGAGAAGAUUUUGACCCAUUACCUUUCAUGCACCUCUCCUGUAGAUAAAGAAGGAUAUCUCUACAAAAAGAAAGAGAGAAAUGCCACCUACCAGCGGCGGUGGUUUGUCCUGAAGGCAAACCUGCUUUUCUACCAGGAUCGUCCAGCUGACCGACACCUGCUGGGAGUCAUUGUGCUGGAAGGGUGUGCGGUCCGGCGCUCGGAGCCUGACGGACAGUUUGCCUUUUCCCUGGUGUUUGAAGGGCCGGGACUCAAAACCUACAGAUUUGCAGCAAGGGAUGGUCAGACUCAAGAGAGCUGGGUUAAAGCUUUGCUCUCAGCCAGCCACUGUUACCUCUCCCUGCUGGUGAGAGACUUGGGGAGGCAGUAUGAAGAAGCUAAACAGCAACAAGGCUCUGGUGAAUCCCGUUCGAACUCCUCUGUCAGUGCUCUCAAGCAGUCCACCCCCAACUUCCUCUCUCCCGUGCAGGGGCCAACAGCAGUGGUCCGGGUGGGGAGAAGCUUCAGUGCUGGGACUGUUUUACAGGCACCAUCAAUACCCACUAAAGUGGUGGCGAAAAAGUCCCCGAAACUGUGGCCCAGGAGAAAUGCUCACGUCACACCACUUAAUGGACCGGGACCUUUGUAUGGGGAAUGGCCUUUAGUGGAUUUUGAUCCACUUGAGGACUUUAGCAAACUUCAUGAUUAUUAUGGCCAGGAAGUGAAGAAAGUCAGAGAGGACUGGCUGAGGAGUCGACGAGCAGAAGAGGAACACAGUGAUGGAGAUCUUAUCGACCUGGGGUGAAGGAAAACCUGAGAGUUAGAGACCAUUUAAGAGGAAGUGAGAUGGAGUGUUUCAUGUUAAAAAGGAACUGAACCUAAAGUGGCUAACUAUAUUUAAGAACAAAGAGCUUGAGGCCCAGACACCUGUACAUGUGCUAAAUGUUCCUCCAUUUCAUAUGAGUUUAAAUCCUUUGUUAGAUCUGUUUUAAAGAAAGCUAUAAUUUUCCAAAGCCAAACAUCCUUAAAGUGUCCAUGGGAUGCAACAAAGAACAAACAUUGUCUGCACAUCUGCACCUUUUAGACACAAAGGCGUAAGUCAAUAGGUCUGUUUCACAGCAUUUUGACUAACAUUAGUGAUAUUUAUGUCCACGUUUUAUUUAAGUGUCUAAGUAAGCCAUGACAGUGUGACAGUGAGCCAGCAUGCACAAUAACAGGACCCUGAAAAUAAAGCAGCUGAAU